AUGGAAUCAGGGAACGCUGUCUCCCUUACCUCACUACAGACCAUGAACCAUAAAUCGCGACAUAACCAUACUUCCCUUCAGGACCUCUCUUCCAUCACAAGGAAUCCCCAGGAUGAUGAAACUUCCCAGGAUCACUUUAUUUUGUCUUCUGCCCUUCAUCACACACAGGAUAUGGAUCAGUGGACACUAAGCACAUCAGACUCUAUGGAAUCCAGUCCAAUUGCUACUCAGCCGGAGACACCGGAAGUUCAGAUGCUUUCAUACUCUUUCUCACACCAGCUCAUUCCCAGCGGUGCUGGCAUUAAUGACACAGCGGCCAUGUUUCCUUCACUGUCGGACGUUCAAGUUGCCGGAAAUAUGGGUGACCAUGGUGAUAUGGACUUUUCCCACACACAGGACUUUACUCAGGCCUUCUCUUCCUUGGUGGACUUUCCUUAUGACCAUGAUGAAGGCUGCACACGUGACGACACCGCUUCCCCAGGGCAUGCUUCUCAUCAUGAUGACUGCCAUCUAGUUUCCACACAGGACACCUGGAGUUUACCAUUAGACACAUCAAACUACGGUGGAGCCGCUUUUGAUCAAAUCACCAACGCGCUUUCUGCACCUGUAUCUCCCCCUUUGACCGAGUCUAGUCAUAUUUCUGUUACUUCUGCAUGCUCCCAACCGGCAUAUCCUUUCCGCAACCAGGAUGAGACCUUGAUGGGUGACGCCACUGUAUGCGGCCAAAACAUCAGCCUUGGAGAACCUUUUCUUCCUUUGACUCCCCCUCUGAACGAGCAGGACCCCAACAGAACCAUUAGGCCUUCCAAGCAGGCGCAACGCCAUCUUUUAUCAACAACUACCACCCGCCCUGCCAGGAAAUCCGACCCGGAGGCAUAUGUGUCUCUACCAAUUGGAGAACCGGCUCGACGAACCAAGGAAGACUCCGAAUCCAGAGCUACUCCCAGGGAUCAUCCAUUUUAUUCAUUGCCAACUCGGAAUGACGGAAAAUACUACUGCCCAUUUGCCAGUGGCGAGAACCCAUGCACCCAUACUCCGACAACUCAGAAAUGUGCUUACCACAAAUACCUGGACUCUCAUUUGAAACCAUAUAGGUGUAAAGUACCUGCUUGUGCGGCCCAAAACCUGCAUUUCUCUUCGAACGCCUGCUUGUUCCGUCACGAGCGUGAAGCCCAUGGAUUCCACGGCCAUGGAGACAACCCUCAUUUGUGCCUCUUUGAAGGGUGCGAUCGAGCCGUUCCUGGAUAUGGAUUUCCCCGUCGGUGGAACCUUUUUGAUCACAUGAAAAGAGUUCACGACUACACUGCCUCCGACCAGCCUAGCUCUCCUGAAACGGCUACUGCCGCUGGUUCUGGCCAGAUUUCUAGAAAGAAGGAUUCCGCUGGCAUUCGUAAGAGGAAGGUUACCAAACCUGUAGGUGGAGCAACAACCAUGAAGAGGACCAAAUCCACAUCUUCCCAAGGCAAUGCAGGUGUAAAGGCCAACUCUGCUCAGCACAGUCAAAGACUUCAAAACGCGGAGCAUAACUAUUACAACUGCCGCUCACGGCUGCUCGAGGAGCUUGCUACAAUUAAGCCCCAGGACUCUACUAUGCACGAGAAGGUCAAUGCCAGUCUUCAGGAACUGAUUACCCUGGGAUUAAACUAUCGACAACUGGAAGCUAGCUCUGCAGCCACUCAGUUAGCCAACGGUAUUUGCUCUUGA